AUGCCAGUCCGGGCGAUGAGUCAGGCAGAUGCCAACCAGUUGUCUCAUGGUCUAAGCCAGACCCAGACACCUUUAUAUAAAGACAGCCCUCUGUCCAAAUGUCUCAGCCUGAAUGACUGCUUGCCUGUGAGGAGGGUUCUGCCUACCUGCUUGCAUCAGAACCAUGUGUGACCAGCCACAGAUUCAGUGUUGCCUGCCACACCCCCAGUGCUGUGUGAAGGGUUCUCUUAUCUGCCCCUCCCAGCCCCUCUCUGCCAAGAGCCAGGUGGUGGUCCAAGCCCCUUGUGAGAUGCAAAUUGUGGAGUGCCCUGCACCAUGCCCAGUUCAAGCUUCCCAGGUGAAGUGCCAGGCUCCACGCCCAUCUAAGACCACCCAGGUGAAGUGCCAGGCUCCGUGCCAGCCUCAGAUCUCCUGGACCCAAGACGCAGGCCGGUCUGAGGUAUCCCACGUGCAAUACGAAGCCCCAUACCCUGUGCAGACCUGCUUUGUGGAAUGUGCUCCAGCUUGCUACCCAGAAAUUUGCUACGUGGAAUGCCCAGUCCACACCUAUGCACCCUGUCCAGCUCCUCAGCCGGUCAGGAAUUAUGUAGCAGGACCCCCAGUAUGCCAGACGCAGGGGAGAUUCUCCACCCAGGGCCAAUAUCAGGGCUCCUACAGGGGCUGCGCCCCCCAGCGUCAGUCCCAGGCUUCGUUUGGCACCUCUGCACCCCGAUGCCAGACCCAGGGCUCUUAUGGGGGCUUCACUGCGCAGCGUCGCUCUCAGAGCACCAGCAGAUGCCUCCCUCCUCGCCAGCUGCAGCCUUCUAGCCGCAGCUGCUCCCCGCCGCGGCGCUCCGGGCCCUACUACAGCAGCUGCCUGCCACCAAGAUGCUCCUCGGGCUCCUCCAAUUACUGCACCCCGCCCCGCCGCUCUGAGCCCAUCUACGGCAGCGGCUGUCCGCGGCGUCCCACAUCAGGCUGCUCCCAGAGGCGUGGACCCAAGUGCCGAAUAGAGAUUUCCUCCCCAUGCUGCCCCAAGCAGGUCCCCCCUCAGAAGUGUUCUGUUCAGAUUCCUCCCAUCAGACGCUGCCCCGGGAGUUGUGCCCCACGACCCUCCUGGGGUACCUCCUGCCCGGAGCUGAGGCCACGUGUAGAGCCACGUCCACGCUCAAGCUUCUGUCCUCCGCAGCGUGUGAACCAAUGUCCAGAGCCAUCACUGAAGCCAUGUCCACGUCCUUCUCCAUGCCCACGUCCCCUUCCGGCUCCACGCAUGUACCCACGGCCAGAACGGUGUGCAAGUCCAGAGUUCCGGCCAUGUCCUCCACCACGGCGACUUUCAGAACCCAGUCUGUGUCCAGAGCCAUGUCCAGCCCCGCGUCCUCGCCCAGCAGAGUGUGAGCUUCCAGAGCCAUGUCCACGUCCACAGCCCCGUGAGCGCCCAGAAUCUUGUCUGCCUCCAGAACCAAUUCCUCUUCCUCCACCCUGCCCAAGCCCAGAGCCAUGUGUGGCGCCUCCACGUUGUCUCGGCCCAUGCUUGGGCCCAAAUCCAAUGCCAAGCACAGGAGACCUAGGCUGUCGUGAGUCCAGUCCAUGCCGCCUGGAUACCGAGGCCCCCAGCUAUGGCCCAGCUGGUUAUAACCAGGGGCAGGAGAGUGAUGCUAGCUGUAGACCUUGUGAUGUGUUUCCAGAGCCGAGGGGUUUUGGUGGGUGCGGAGACCAAGGAGGCACCUGUGUUGGAGUGAAAAGUGGGGCCUGUGCUGGAGCAAAGAGUGCCUAUUUUUAAAGAAAGUGUGGCUGAGACAGCCUUGCCUCCUGCCCUGAAAAUGUUGCUCCUGCAUUCCCAGCUGCCACAGUUUCCAACAUGUUCUUGUUUGUGUGUCUCCAAAGAUGUUCAGAGCCUCCCUGCUGCAGAGGUGAUGUCCAAACUCCUUUGCGUGUCAUCUCAGGGUCCACACCUGAGUCUCAGGCACCUCUCCAGCCUCACGUCUGACUCCUCCCUUGAACACAUCCUCAGUUCUAGCUAGGCCUGUUUGGCCACCAGCGCACACGUCUUGGAAGUUCCCCAGGACACGCCUUCGGUGUCCCUGUCUCCAAGUCUCUUCUCAGUCUUUCUCCAAGACCUGGACCACUUCUCUGCUACUCCCAGCAUCUGAAAUCCAACCCAUCUUUCAAGACCUCUUCCUUGGAGCCUUUUCUCCUUGUUCCUACCUACAGGAGCCCGUGCUGACUUCCUAGAACUCAUCGCAUCGUCCACACCGUCCAUUUGGCAAGUGCCUUGUAGCAUCUCUUGAACUGUUGUUUCACUUUUCGGGUGUGUCUGUCUUACUUGCCCAACUUGGUUGUAAACUCCCAUUUGAGUUGAGUCAGAGUCGCCCCGAAGCCCCGUGCUUCACCUGGGGGCAGCCAGCUGCUCAGCAAGGCCUGUGGGCUGGCUCAGCACAGUCUGUCCUGAUGGGCAACCCCAGACUGGGAGCAAGAGGAAGCCAUGUAACAAUAAAGAUGGUGACACCCUCCCAGCCUAGGUCCUGCGUAAUACCUGUGCUUUACUCCUUCUUGACUCUCUGGGAUGAGUUUUUAUUUUAUAUUUAUCCAUUAUUUUUCUUCUUGGCUUUAUUUUACCCAUGGUCUGAGCUUUCCUGAGACUAGAUUGGGUGGGCUGCCUUGAGGGUUUUCUGUCUCCCCUCAGUGUCCCUGGUUCUUGCUGGAAAAGGAUGGAUGAAAAGGCACGAGGAACAGCAGAACGGGGAGGAACUCUUGCUUCUCAAGUUAGGGGUAAACAUCUCAGUCUGGUGUGGACAGAUCACGCAGCUCCGGGGCCUCAGUCACAGCCGCGCAGCCUCUGUGGAGCCGGGGAGGGCGGGGGCGGGAGGAGGCGGCCGGUGGAGGCUCUCUGGGGUACUUGGCACAGAAUUUACUUUUUUUUCUUUCAGAAUAAAUGAUUUGUUUGUUUGCUUUACAUAAUAGAAAAAGAAACAUCUGAGGCAGACUGCAUUCCUUGAUUGCUCCCAAAUCCCAGUAGACAUGGGCGGUCUUGGGUGCAGGGAGGUGGGGCUUGGAGGGGCAGGAAAGGGCGAGGUGCGGCUUCCUCCGACUCCCUGCAGAUGAGAUGCUGCUGCAAAGGACACAAGGCUGGAGAGUGAGUGCUCUUGGGGAUGGGCCUUCCCCAGAGGGAGAGUGUGCCCUGAGGCCACCAGGGUCUGUAUCAGAUGAAAGAAACUGCUCUGAGGAGGACAGGGGAGGGGGUGGGUGGGCUCUGGCCUGGGCGUGAGUGCCCGCCUCCUCACAGGCCACAACCCCAGGGGACCCCGCAGCUCCAGCUCCGUGGUUGGGAACCACAGAUCCAGGUCUGAGGACGACAGUCCCUCACCCGGAGGAUCUAGUCUUGCAGCGUCAAUGGUGGUGACCUGAGAGACCACCUGGUAAGACCCUCGUGCGGCACAGAGGAAAACCAAGGCUCUUAGGGGAAUUCCACUCAUUCAUUUUUUUGUUUUGGUUUUGUUUGUUUGUUUGUCUGAUUAAAGGAGGUAAUUAGGUUUCUCUUUCUCUGUCUCUGUCUCUCUCUCUGUAUUUUUAAUGGAGCGUCUGGGGAUGGAGCCCAGAAGCUCAUGCAUGCUAAGCACAUGCUCUACUAUUCAGCUGUACCCUCCCCCACCCCAUGUAUUCAUUUUUUUACUGACAAAUUAUUCAUUGCUCACCUGCAGGAAGGCACUGGUAAAGGGGGCAGACAUAAUGCUUGUUUGCUCUCAGAGCACGUCCAGCCUAGCACGCCGAUUCUCAGUGUGGUACCCGGAUCAGCAGCAUCAGCGCCACCUGGGACGUGGUUAGAAGUACAGAUGCGUGGAGCCGGUCGGCGCUGUCUGGAGUCAGGAAACCCUACUCCUGGGCCCUCUGUGUGCCUGGAGCCAGUGACACCUUAACCCCCAUGCUCCACUGAAGGACCACUCAGCAUACUUGCAUUUCUGCAGAAUUAAAAAA